AUGAUGAACAAUACUUUAAUCGCCAUUAAAUACAUCGUUUUAUUUACUCAUCUAAUUUUCAUGACCCAACUAACAACAGCUAACAAUCGAUUUCCGAGAAUCAUUACUGAAACACAUAAUCAGACAUUAAAUAUAUCAUCGACGGCCAUAUUAACAUGUCAUGUCCGUGAUUUAGGGGAUCAUCAUGUAACAUGGUUUAAAACAAAUCCAUCAACAACAAUAUCAUCUCCAUUAGCUGCCGGAGAGCAAUUAUUUACAGCUGAUAAACGUUAUUCAAUAUCAUUUUAUUCGACAUCAGUCAAAGAUUCAUUUUGGUCAUUAGAAAUUUAUCAAGUAAAUCUAGCCGACGAAGGUACAUAUAUAUGUAAAAUUGCUAAUCGAAAAGCAAGCGUCAGUAUUUAUAUACAUUUACAUAUACAAAUACCAAUGAUUAUACAUCCGACCUACGUUCAUGCAGAACCAAAUACAAAUAUUAUAUUAAAUUGUAGGCUUUUAAUCAAUAAUGAAUAUGUCGAUAAAAGAGAUGUAACAUGGAUUUUUCUAUCUCAUCAACUCAAUAAAACCAAAUUUCAUGAUGUACAUAUAAGAAAACGAUUAUCGGGCGAUAGUUUAACCGCAGAUUUAGUUAUUAAUCAUACACAGAUGAAUCAUACAGGUACAUGGGCAUGCAUUUAUCGGCAACAACUACUUAGUGUAAAAGUGCUCGUUCAAAAAAAUAUGUUAACGCAUCAACGUGCAAGUGCGUUACUGUCGAAUGACUCUUAUCGAAAAAUUUCUUCAAUAUAUGUUUUACUUUUUCUUGUUUUAUUUAUUGUUGACGAACAUUAG